UGGAGCGGCUCAUGUUGGGCCCCGGAAGCGGAAGUUCCUUCCUUUCUCAGUUGGCGCUGCGCAGAGACACACAGAGACAAUGGCUCCUCGUAAAGGGAAGGAGAAGAAGGAGGAGCAGGUGAUCAGUUUGGGUCCUCAGGUGGCUGAAGGAGAAAACGUGUUUGGAGUCUGUCACAUCUUCGCCUCCUUCAACGACACCUUCGUCCACGUCACCGACCUCUCCGGGAAGGAAACGAUCUGCCGCGUGACCGGAGGGAUGAAGGUGAAGGCCGACAGAGACGAGUCGUCUCCGUACGCCGCCAUGUUGGCGGCUCAGGACGUCGCCCAGCGCUGCAAAGAGCUCGGCAUCACGGCGCUGCACAUCAAGCUGAGGGCCACCGGGGGCAACAGGUACACGCACA